GGGGGAGGAGGACGUAUGUCCGGCUUGCGGUGUCUGAGGAGAACAGCUGGCUCUGCUCCAUCUCUGUAUACAAUGGAGACUGAUGCGGGUGCCCCGCAUGCGUCCCAGCGGCAACCGCCCAGUCCCUGAGCAGUCGAGGGCGUCCUCCUCCUCAGAGAGCCUUGGAGUUGGAGUACAGCCAUGGUGGACAACCGCUAUGCCACGGCAUUGGUCAUCGGCUCCGUGCUCAGCCUGCUGGCCACUGUGUACCUGUCCGUGGCCGUGGGCACGCAGCACUGGUACGAGUACCGCAGCCCAGCGGCUGUGAGUGAAGCCAACGCCUCGGAACUGCGCGCCCUGCAUGACGACUUCCUGGGCGCCGACUUCGAUGAGAAGACCUACAGCGACACGCUGUUCCGCCUCAAUGGCACAAUGGGGCUGUGGUGGCGCUGCAUCCUGGUGCCCACCCACUCGCACUGGUACAGGGAGCCAGAUCCAAAGAUGGUGACCGAGUGUGUGAGCUUCACGUUGCCCCAGCAGUUCAUUCCCAAGUACCGUGAGCCUGGGAAUCACAACAGUGGAGAAGACCUGCUGAGGACAUACUUGUGGAGGCCUGUGCACUCUGGCCACAGUAUGCUGUUACCUGGCUGGAAUGGACCUGCUUCACCGUGCCUCCGUCCUGCCAGAUGGAGUGGAUGGGUCACUGGGAUGGUCACUCUACCUUGCCCUCAUCUCCUGUCCACUGCACAUGAUGGCUGCAGCCCUGCUAGUGUGGGCCGCUCGCAGCCACGGUCAAAACUAUUAUCGCAUGACUGCUUACAGAGUGGCGUAGUGACCAGCACUUCACCCACCUUGGCAGAGUCCAAACUUUACUAUGUUACUGCUUACAGAGUGACCAUUACAAUAUAACUGAGUACAGUGACCGUUGCCAUUUUACUGUGUCCAGUGACUAUCACUAUUUUACUGUGUGCAGUGACCAUUACCAUAGUACUGUGUACAGAGUGUCAUGUAAACCAAUACUCACUCUUCCCAGUCAUGAUUGGAACCUCUGCCAUACCACUUAUAGAGAGCUAUAUCUGUUUUUAUACAGUUUUCUUCUUUUUUUAAUUGCAUAAUGUGGUGAGGGUUGCCAUGGUAACAAGUUGUGGAGGCUUAUACAUCCAUUUUCUCUGAAACAGUCUCCUCCUAGUGGGUUGAGACAGGGAAAUCCCUGUGGGAGGCAGGUGAUCUGUGUAGUGCAGCCAGGCUCAGCCCAAAAAGUCAGCUGCAAUGCCUCGUGAGUAAUGGGCAGAUGGAAACUAUGGAGGACUGUGUUACCUAAACUGCUGUGAGGGGUUCCACUGCAUGACCAAUGGUGAGAAAGGAUAAAAAAAUGUGUACAAUACAUGGCAGUUUUACAUUAGUGAUUUAUUAUUCUGAUUGAUUGUGGCUGUUUAGUAAUUCUGUUGUUGGGUAUUGUGAGUUCAGUGUCGUUGAGUUAACGCUGGUGUAGUAGUGUUGCACACAGGGAGUUUCAGUGUCAUAUCCCAAAAUAGACAAGUGCUGAUGCAUCGCUGGGCAUUUGAAUGAAGUUGCACUGCUUUUGUCAGUACCAACAGUGUUAAAAAAAGUGUACUGUGGUGAGAUGGGCUCGGAUCCACUGUUACCAUGUUGUCACAGUAGAUGCUGUAGAUGUUUCACUCUGGUUCUGAAAAGUAUAUCUGCAUUGUUGCAGUUGUUAAUGGCACUUUGAGGUUUUGUUCCGUUAAAAUUCCCUUUGAGUUUGGAAGUUACUUGUGUUUAAUUUAUUUUUUAGUUUACUUUAACUUUUAGUUUCUCCUGCUGCUCUUUCUACCCAAACUGCACCUCAGGUUGGUAGCUUGUGAGACCGUUACUGUACAUGUUCAGCACAUAAAGCUUGUUCUCCUAAAGCACACGGAAUAGGGCUGAGGGCACAGCAGAGUAUCAAGUGAUCUUCACAGCACUGAUAAUCAUGUUCAGGUGUCUUUUCAGUGCUUUACUAGUGUUUGUGUCACACUGAAAUAAAGA